CCAUUCAUUCCUCAUGUAGCCGUGUGACCGACGAGCCGAAAGAACUUGAAAUGGUCACGAAGUGUAUUUUGCAAAUGUGUGAAAUAAAUACUUAAGCAGCUUUUUCCACCAUGACCACUGCAGUCUGAAUUUCCAUAGGACCCCUUUAUCUCCAUCUAUCACUAUCUACAGAACCCGAUGUAAAUGACUAGUUGCGGUGUUAGUGAGUGGUGCUCAGCCGCCGGCGUCCCUGGCUGCCGGCCUGGCCCCUUCCUCACAGCCGCCGGACGUCCCGUCUUAUCAACUUUCCACGCUUCGCCCGCCGGGCGGCGUUUUCCAGGGCGCAUAUCGGCCCGGAUCCCCGGCUCGCAGGAUUAGCGCCACGGCUAACCUUAGCAGGACACUGGGGAGAUACGCCGACCUAAAGCGCGGGUUUAUCUCGUUGAUCGUAGGACCCUAAAUACUCAGUUCCCGUUUCUUCUCCGACUUCUAGCGCGAGUGGACACGACCCUUCCUCCGGUCUGACUCCUCCGGCGCCACCGUCCAUCGUUUUGGACGCAUCCGGCUCGGCCCGGCCAAGCAGCGGUGUUUCCUGCGCGGGCGGCCGCGGCAGAGCCGCUUCCCGCCCUCGUCUCGCUGUGUACGUGCCGCUGGCCGCACGGUCCUGGUGUGUGGAUAGUUGGGGGAGGGUCCGGGAGCAGCCCGUCAUUCCCCCACUGCGGGACGGCAGGAUCCGAGCGGACUGGAGCCAUGAUGCCGAUGAUCCUGACCGUGUACCUGAGCAACAAUGAGCAGGUCCUGACGGAGGUGCCCGUUACCCCGGAGACGACGUGCCGAGAUGUGGUGGAGUUCUGCAAGGAGCCCGGCGAGUCUGGCUGCCACUUGGCUGAAGUGUGGCGGGGCAGCGAAAGAUCCAUCCCACUUGACUGCAUGAUGUAUGAGCACCUGCAGAAGUGGGGGCCCCGCAAGCAGGAGGUGAAGUUCUUCCUGCGUCACGAGGAGACACCCGAGGAGAGCAGUGACCAAGGGGGGCAGCCAGCCCAGGAGCAAACCAUCAGGAGGACUGGAAGCAGCCUUGAGAAUGGGGUGGGGAACCCCCGUGUGGAGCUCACCCUGUCUGAGCUGCAGGAGAUGGCCAGCCGUCAGCAGCAGCAAAUCGAGGCCCAGCAGCAGAUGCUGGUCGCUAAGGAACAGCGGCUGCGUUACCUAAAGCAGCAGGAACGCCGGCAGCAGCAGGCCCAGGCAGAGAGCGAGAAGCUGCAGCGACUGAAGGAUAGAGUGGACAACCAGGAGGCCAAGCUGAGGAAGAUCCGCGCCAUGAGGGGACAGGUGGACUACAGCAAGGCCGUCAACGGCACCCUGUCGGCGGAGAUCGAUCACAUCAAUGGUGUCUUCGCGGAGAAGCAGCAGCAGCUGAGGGCGGCCAUGCUGAAGGUGGAGCAGCUGACGCAGCAGCUGGAGGAGCUCCGUCAGGGCAAGCUGGGUGGCAUGCAGACGCCUGGCACGGCGGCGCUGGAGCUGCGACGCCUCUACCAGGAGCUGCAGAUCCGAAACAAGCUGAACCAGGACCAGAACAGCAAGCUGCAGCAGCACAAGGAGCUGCUGAACAAGCGCAACCUGGAGGUGUCGCUGAUGGACCGGCGCGUCAGCGAGCUGCGCGAGCGGCUCUACCGGAAAAAAGCUGAGGCACGUCAGAAAGAGAACAUCCCUCUGAACAGAGCCAACGGUCCCCCCUCCCCCCAGCUGGCCCCGGGGACCAUGGGCCGCGUGGCUGCCGUGGGGCCCUACAUCCAGGUGCCGGUGCCGGGCCGGCAAGACGGGGGCUACGUGGUGCCACCCGAACCGCUGAAGCCGCAGUCGCUGGGGGUGACGUCCGCCAUCAGCCACGCCCGCUCUAAGUCAGAGACGGAGGGCCGCUCUGGGAGAAAGCCAUGGAAGGUCUCUGAUUUAGACACCAUGGUGGACCCUCUGUCGGUGGCGUCGGCCGGCAACGUGUCCCCUAACGAUGCCAACUGGCCCACACUCAGCAAAGGCACCUGGAAGGAGUCCAGCCUGGAGGCAGGGGUGAAGGCUGGCAGCCCUGUGCCCGUGGGCACCCCCACCAUGGCUAUGCCUACUGACAAGGGUGUAGAUUCAAGUAAGCUGUCCAAGUCACUGCCCCCCAGCUACGGUACCUACCCCAGUGCCGGGCUCAUGUCGUCAGCGAAUUCCACCAGCUCUCUGGAACGCCGCAAGGACCCGCCCCCACGACCUCUAGGUGCCAAUCAGACGUGGCAGAGAUCGACGACCUCAGCCCCCGGGUCCUCUUCCCAACAGAUCCAGCAACGCAUCUCUGUGCCCCCGAGCCCCACCCUCCAGCCCAGCUCGCCGCUGUUCCCCCCGGCGGAGCGGCCCGAUGCCCCGUUAGCGGCGGCCGUGCGCCCAUUCGUGCCUGACAAGGGUUCACGCCCCCAGUCCCCUCGAAAGGGCCCCCCCACCAUGAACUCCAGCUCCAUUUACCACAUGUAUCUACAGCCGGGGGCAGCCAAGAGCCACAGUCUGGGCGGCAAGCCGGCUGUCAAGGCGGUAUACGGGAAACCAGUCCUGCCGCCCAGCUCCACGUCUCCCUCUCCGCUGCCCUUCCUGCAGGAUGCAGCAGAACGUGAGGAUGAGCCUGACAAUGCCUCUGGCGAGGCCUUGCCCCCAGACUCAGCCCCCCCGCCGGGCUCGGCUCCGCCAAGUGUGGACACCUUGCCGCGGCCGCUGAGCCCCACCAAGCUGACACCGGUCGCACAUUCGCCGUUGCGUUACCAGAAUGAUGAGCUGGAGGCCCUGCGACGCCGCCUGGCCAACGCCCCCCGCCCACUGAAGAAGCGCAGCUCCAUCACAGAACCAGAGGGCCCCGGAGGGCCCAAUAUCCAGAAGCUGCUGUAUCAGCGCUUCAACACACUGGCGGGAGGCAUGGAUGGCGGAGGUGGCAUGCCCUUCUACCAGCCCGGCCUGCCCGACUAUGUGGGCGGAGCUAUCGGCGAUGUGGACAACAGCAACACGGCUAACGCCAACGUGCCGGAGGCCCCUUCGGCGUCUGCCGCGGCCCUUCCAGAGCCUCCCUGUCCCGUGCCGGACGCCAACGACAACCAGCCACCCCCUCCACCCAUCGGGGAGCCGCCGGCCUCGCCACCCCCUCAGGCUUCAGACACCUCCCAGGAUGAGAGCAACAAUAACCCCCCUGGGCCCUCAGACUCGGCCCCCAGCCCCAUCCUGGAGGCCCCAUCCCCCGAGGAGGCCGGGACCCCGCCUCGGGCGGCCACGCCCCCCUCGCAGCCGGCGGUGAAGCGCACCAACCUGAAGAAGGCCGACUCGGAGCGUACAGGUCACGGCCUGCGGGUUAAGUUCCACCCACUGGCCCUGCUGCUGGACGCCUCGCUGGAGGGCGAGUUCGACCUGGUGCAGAGGAUCAUCUAUGAGGUUGAGGACCCCAGCAAGCCCAAUGAUGAGGGCAUCACGCCCCUGCACAACGCCGUGUGCGCCGGCCACCACCACAUUGUCAAGUUCCUGCUGGACUUCGGCGUCAACGUCAACGCUGCCGACAGCGACGGCUGGGCUCCGCUGCACUGCGCCGCGUCCUGCAACAGCGUACACCUGUGCAAGCUGCUGGUGGAAUCGGGGGCCGCUCUCUUCUCCACCACCAUCAGUGACGUGGAGACGGCGGCCGACAAGUGCGAGGAGAUGGAGGAGGGCUACCUCCAGUGCUCCCAGUUCCUCUACGGUGUGCAGGAGAAGCUCGGCAUCAUGAAUAAGGGGGUGGUGUAUGCGCUGUGGGACUAUGAGGCCCAGAACGACGAUGAGCUCUCUUUCCGUGAGGGCGAUGCCAUCACCAUCCUCCGAAGGCAGGACGACACAGAGACCGAGUGGUGGUGGGCCCGGCUCAAUGACCAGGAGGGAUAUGUGCCCCGAAACCUGCUGGGGUUGUAUCCUAGAAUCAAGCCCCGGCAGCGUUCCCUGGCUUGACUCCUCCCCCUCCCCGUCGAGUGGGCGGCGCCGAUGCACACACGGACCUGAGGGAGGAACUGGGUUCCACUGCUGCCCUCUCUGCGUCGGUGUCACCUCCCUGCAGGAUGGAGUGGGGAGAGAGUGAGGAGCACGUGUACCCUCUGAGGACCCUGGACCAUGAACUGGAUUUUACUUGCACGUGGGACUGAUAGGGGUGGGGGGUGUCGUGUACCUGGCUGAUCUCCUCUGGGCUGAACCAAUGGUCCUUCUUCCUCCUCCUCUGAGUCACAGUGGGGCAUGGAUGUGGUUUGUGUGUCAGUGAAGGUUUCCUUUCCCCAAACAGUAGAAGGGGGGGGGGGCAGAGAGUGGGUCUGAGCCGGAAUGUUGCUAUUUGUGUGGUAGUGUAGUGCAGAGCAGAGUGGGAUGGGCAGGCAGGCAGAAAUGUAUUUGCAGAGAGAAGGACCUUGGGGCUGGUGUAGCCAUGCAGGGACACUAGGAUGUGCAGUAGUGUUAGCAUCAAGGGCAGGCAGAGUAAGGGCUGUGUGCUACUGUUAGCAUGGAGAAGUGGCCCAGUGCAGACAACUUGCGUUAGCACAGAGGACAAGCACAGUACAGCCUGGGCACUAACAUUAGCGUGGAGCAUAGGAACAGUGUACACAGUUAGCAUUAGCAUUGAGGACAAGCACAGUACAACCUGUGCGCUAGCAUUAGCAUGGAGGAUGUGCAGUGUAGGUUGUUAGUGUGUGUGUGCUGGUUGGUGUGCUGUGGAGGAGGGAGGGGGAGGGACAAUGGGUGGUUCUACCAGAGAGCAGCCUGGAUUCCCCUGUCAGGCCCAAGUCUAGGGAGGGAUGCAGUAACUGUUUAAGCUACAGCUUUGUGCGUGAGAACGGAAGCACUUCAGCAGACAGCUAAACGUAACGCUUUGGCGCUAACAGAGCAGCUUGGGGAGCGUCCCCCACAGCCUCGCACCCGGGCCCCUACACCCUUUGUUUUCUGUGCUGUGUAAGAUGAUCUCACUCUUUCUGUAAAUACUGCAGAGGUCCGGUGUCUGCCACGGGCCAGCGCAAUGCUUAUGCAACACAGUAUGUACAUGAGCGCAAUAAAAGCUGUUCCCUGGCACGA